AUGGAGGCAAGCUCUGAUUCCUCCAAUCCUAAUGAGUGGGAGUUGAGUAAGGAGAACGUACAGCCCUUGAAACAAGGGCGCAAGUUGGCGAACUUGACAGCAGCGUUCGCUCCUAGUUCUGUUGAUCAAAGUAGAAUUCAUAAAGAGAAACGGUAAGUUUUUUCGUAAUAGAUCUUCAAAAGAAGAACCUUGUCGAUUAAAAAAAUUUAAUUGUAUCCUUUUCGUUCAUCUUAGAGAGUUUGAAGCACAGAUCAGAACGUAUGAAGGCGAAGAUCCAUUAGCUAACUGGUACAGGUAUGUGAUUCAAAAUACAAAUCACCUCGGCAUGUGCUUUCGUGCAUCACACAUAGAAGUUAAAACGUUGUAGAAGUUAUGCUGUAGCUUACGGUUGUCUUUAUGCUAACAGGUACAUAGUUUGGACGAGUGAAAACUUUCCCAAAGGCGGUAAAGAUUUGGGAAGUUUACUCGAGCGGUGCAUGACAACGUUCAAAGAUGAAGAAAGAUACAAGAACGAUGAACGAUACGUGAAAGUCUGGUUGCGUUAUGUAAGUAACAUCGAAGAAUUUAAAAAAUUAAUACAAUCCUGGCAUUUCAUCAGGGUAACCUAACAGUUCACUGGUACCCAUUUAUACUCCUGGGUGGAGAGAGGCAUUGUGUAAUUGAAGUGUUUUGUACAAGAACGCAACACAACACAACACAAUGAUCCUCUCUCUCAACUUGGGCCAUGUUAUUCACUGAGUUAAGAUUAUUCAUGAUUAAUAUAAAAUCUAGUUAUAGAUCUGAAAGCUUUAAAAGAAAAUUCAGUAAAUUUAUUUUUGUCUAGAAUUUGAAUAUUGGACACUCUUAAAUGAAUAAAGAAAAUUAUCCCAAAAAAAGGCUUUUGAACAAAAGAAUAAAGAAUCCUUGGAUUAGCGAUUGUUGACCUUUGAACAACUGGGCCUUGGGUGCAAAGAGGCACAAUAACCUGACCUCUGAACCCUUUCACUUCCAAGAUAUCGAUUGUAAUUUUUCUUACUGCCCAAUCUAUGAUUACUAUAAUGUUAUGUUGGAGAAUUUGGUAUUGCAUCAACUAAUAAUUCCCUUACAUGUAUUGUUAUUUUUUCUUAACUCUCAUCACUUGUCUGCUUGACACUGUAUUGAUAUUGUAAGGAGAAACUCUGUCUUGGUCACUCUUGGUAGUUAAAGGGUUGACCUGGGAGUUCAGUGCACUAACCAUCAGGGCAACACAUCUUCUGGUAAAGUUUCUACACAGCCCCAUACGAUUGUAGAACAAAUCUGCUUUACCAAUGGAAAUGUAUUGUUUUUGUCAUUGUUUUCUCUAUUCAAGAACUGAAUGCAUAAUGAAGAAUAGGGCUGUGCAGAAAUUUUACCCAUCUUCCAAACAUUUGGUAAAGUGAAUUACGGUCAACUCGCCGACAGACCAACUCGCCAACGCCAACUCGCCGAUGUAUAAAAUCCAGUAGAGACGUCAGCGAGUUGGUCGUCAAUCCAAUACAACUUAUUAGAAGUUAAACAUACAGAAAAUUAAACGAUAUUUAGUAAAAAUACUAAAAAAACACUAACUGGUGAACAUUGGUGAACAUCAAACAGAAGCUGUUUGAAAAACAGAAGUUGGUCCGUCGGCGAGUUGACUGGUUACUGGUAAAGUAAGGAUAUUGGAUUAUGCCAUGUUGUUGUAUUUUUAAACAAACAAGUAUUUUUUUUUCCUUCUAGACUGACAUUUGUACAGAUCCCUUGGAAAUUUUUAACUACAUGCACAGUCAGCAGUUAGGCAAUGGAUUAGCUCUCUUCUAUGAAGCAUGGGCCCUUAGUCUUGAAAACCUUGGAGAUUGCAAUAAAGCUGAUGAAGUACUAAACUUAGGAAUUCACCGGAGUGCUCAACCAUUGGAAAGACUUCAGAAACAACACAAGUAGGUCAACACAGUCUAAUGUCUUGUGUAUGAAGAUGUCAUGUUUCAAUUCUUGAAUUAGCAUUGUGUAAGAUCUGUAUGCUUUGUAGUUAACAAAUAGAUUCCAAGUUGCAGUGUGUUUGUUCAGUAAUAGAUCAAAUGACAUCACAGAUGACAUCAAGAUACAGUAAGAACAUGAAAGUGGCACCCAAGGCACAGGCAAAUGAGUCACUGAUGUCUUUACCACAUUGUUUUUAUGAUCUUUUACCUUACAGCCCCACAGCAACAUAGAAUCUAUUUGUUUUAUAAGAUCCCUGUAUUUAUGGUGGUCUAUGUAUAUUUGCAUGUCUCCACUUCGCUCUAACUAAAUAGUAAAGUGUCUAUCUCUACUCAUAAUUAUGGUUAUGAGUGAAAGUUUUUGAGACUGAAAAGAGAUAAUGAACUUACAUCUCAUUUGGGACAGGGUUGAAAAUAAUUUGUAGCGAUUAUUGACUUCAUGUGUUGAAUUCCUAUGACUUUAGAAGGUUCAUAAAUGCUCGCAGGUUAGCUUAAUUCAUCAUCAGUGUAUUGCUAAACUUCAAAAGUACACUGGUUAAUGAAAGAGACCUGGGCAUAGUUAACGGCACUCUCCACCACCUUGAACAUGCCCUGUUUUUCUUUAAUAGUCCUAAAUAUACAUUUCUUUUUCACACUGUAAUAGAGCCUUUGAGUUACGACUGGCUGAAAGAGUUUCAAAUGGAUUACAGCAAGUGUCGAUAACAGAUGAGUCUGAACUUCAGAGAACAGCUCUAGGAGGCCUUAAGGGCCAUGGAAAGAAAGGAAUUGUUGGGACUAAACGUACUGGAAAUGCCACUCUCAGUAAGUCACUCAAUACUGGUUAUUGUAAACCCAUAUUUUUAAUGGUAAUAGGAAUGAGUGGAGUUCAUUUCAGUCUACAACCAUAUGAGUGAUUAACAAAAUCCAAUGGUUGCAAAGCAGGAGUCCAAUUUAUCAACCAUAAGUAUGAUUAGAGACAGAAUUGGUAGACAAGAAGUCCUGUCACCAGUUAAUCAUAACCCUUACAAUUUCCAAAAACAACAAAUACAUUUAGGUCAAAUAUCUCCAAAAUGUUGAAAAAAUUUCUACAUUUUGGAAAUUCCUCAGCUAUUUUUCAGGAUUAGUGGUUAUUGUGAUUAAUGGAUUUGGUUGGGUGGACUUAGUAUGAUUGGCUGCUUUAACUUUCCGAUUACAUAGUCCAAUUGCAUUGUCUGAUUACAGCUGUAGAGAAUAAUUAGUGGAAAAUAAAGUAGCUAUUAUGCACCAAUUAAAUUUGAGGAAAUUGUAAUGGUUAUGAUUAAAAGAGAAAUUAGCUCUUAGUAUUUGAAAGCUGAACAUUUUACCUUGUGCCACAUCAGUCAUCGCUUUCCCAAAGAAAGCAUGAUACUUAUAUACAGUACCUCAUAUCUUGGAAAAUCAUCCAUGAUUGUUUGGCAGGCUUGUUCUAUUUACCCUUCGACUACUAAAAAUGACUAGUAUCUGAUUUCUCUCCACAAUAUUACCCCUAAAUCACACAUUGGUUAGGGUUAGGGUUAGUCAUGAGAAUAAAGGAAAUGAUCACCUAUGGAAGAAACCCUUGAUUGUUAAACCAAAUUCUACUUGUCAGCACUGUAAGAAAUGUGUGGAGAGCAGUAUGGAGAAUAUGCAUACUGAUGUAAGGGUACAAAGGGUUAAAACCCCAUGGAGUUUAACUUUUUAGUUUUGUUGUUUCUUCAUUGGUAACUUGUUCUUUCAGCUAAAAAGACAGGCAUCAGGGGAACUGUGACAACAUCAAACACCUCCAAUAAUGGCUUCAAGAUCUUUUGUGACAAUGAACCUGGAAUGCAAAGCUCCUUACCCCCCUCCACAGGGGAAUGGCAGAUGCCCCCUACUGAACCAAUAAUCAAAAAAGAAAACACCCAGAAGCCUGGGAAAUGGACUGAUGCAAAGGUGCAUAAUGAUAAAUCUAUCAGGAGUUUCAAUGAUUUUUUCCAUAGGUAGCUGCCCAAACACAAGCCUUGUCCAAAUAUAUAUAUAUGUGACAGUGUGUGUACUGUAUGUAUAUUUAUUGGCUGCUCUCCUUGAUGGGGCUUCUCAGGGCACAUACAAACAAACGUUAUAUAAACCCCAACUGGCAGGAGGCAGACCAGUUGGCUUUAUACAAAGCACAGCCAGGCAAUUGAACCUGGAAAAACUGCCGAUAAAUCCAGUGAAAAGCAGCGUGGAGGGCUUGAACCCAGGUCACCCUUUUACAUGCCCACUAGGCCCAGUAACCAUUUGGCUACACUGCUUCUUGACAUUAAACAACAUUGAAGUUAUUCAGUCAAGUCAAAACAUCUAUUGUCUGCAUUUUAGGUCUCUCAGAAACACCGUGCAUCUGUGCCUAUCAACUGCAUGCCCCAAAAGCCUGUCUUCUCUGUCCAUGUUGAUGAUGACAUCAAAAGCCAUCCUCCUGCUACUCCUCAGCAUGUGUUACAGUUUGACAAGGUCUUGAGCUCGCGCAAACCAGAUCGACCUUCUGUCAUGGAUACACUCAGGAAUAAGGUAAUGUUCAAGGUGUAUGUCGAGGUUUGUAUGAUACACUGAAUUGCACCUGCAUUUUGAUUGGUUCUCACUUGUGAUCUAUUAGAGGACAGGCUUGUGGAUAACAACAUAAUUAACAACAAAUACAAUCCAUGCCCCAGUGAGCCUGUACUGUAGGAGAUCACAUAAAAUGUAAAAAUGUGGAAGGACAUCAGUGACACAAUCAGCUGUUCCUACCACAUUUUGACGUCAUCUGUGAUUGACUACUCAACAGAUACACGGCAACAUGGAAUCCAAUUACUAAUUUCACAUAAUCUAACAGGAUGUGGCGGUUGAGCAAAUAGGAACAAAGAAGAUUCAAGGAUUUCCAAAGCAAUUUAUUGUAAAUGCAAACCAAAAUAGAGUAAAUGGAAGUAAAGUAAAAUGAUAUAAAAUAAUGUAAAAUAAAUGGGAACAACUAACAGAUGUUACCUUGCCAGGAGCAAGUUCUCCACCUCUCUAGCCCUCUCUUAGACAAACAGUUCAGUACAGCAGCACAAACUCAACUCAACUACAACCAUAGUUUACUUCUAUUUAAGAGUGGAACCACACUUGAGGGUGCUGUGAAACUGCAUUCGAGGGCACCAUGAAACCACAUUUGAGCUAACAUGUGCAACUGUAAAGGCAUUCCUAAAUGAUAUCAUAAGCUUGCUAAAUCAUACCAUAAAAAUUUCUAAGAACUAAAGGAAAUAUUGAAACUAUAGAUGUGGUUACUCGGAGAAAUUAUUUGUCUGGUGACCAUCACAAUAAGAUAUAAAAAUAUAGAAGGACAUCAGUGACACCAUCGGCUGCACCUUGUGUCAUUUUGACAUCAUCUGUGAUCUACUAUUCAACCAACACAUGGCAACAUGGAAUCCAUUCGCCAAUUUCACAGUACAGUCCUGUGAUCAAAAGUUUGAUGUUUAUUUUUUGCAGCCAGAAAAUGCUGAAGGCCAAAAGUCAAAGGUGAUAUACUGCAAGGAAAAAAUUUAUGCUGGGACUCAGGAGUUUUCCUUUGAAGAGCUACGCGCAGCAAGGAUAUUUGCUAGGGUAAGAGAGGGAACCUUCAGAGCACCAGCUAUUGAGAGACCUCCCACAAAUGUUCGAUACAUGUACCCUAAAAAGGAGAUUUAUGACUUAAUCCGUGGCGAGUUUCAGUAUGAGGAAAUUCUAGCCAGGAGAUAUUAUGCUCGUCAAAAGAAUGAAGAGGCUACAAGGAACUCACAAAAGAUAAGCUCAACAAUACAGUGUAAAACUUUGCCAGCCAGUGGCAAGCAAGGUGGUUUUGAAAUGCAUUGCGACAAGGAAUCGUGUGCCAUGGAGAUUGGCAGCUGUCAGAAGAGUGUUGUUUCAACUGUUCCUGAGCCAAACACUUCAACUGAAGUUUCAACAAAGACAGUUUAUAGCAGGUACAGGUAUAUUUGAUAUUUUUUUUUACUCGCAGACAAGAAAUCUAUAUACUUGUAUCAUGAAAAAUAAUUUGUAGUGUUUAGUUUUUUCCAUAGAUUCCAGGUUAUUGAAUGCAGCUUUAACCCCUAAGAGUGACUUGCAUCUAAUUUCUCUCUACAGUAUCAUCCCUGAGUCACACAUUUAAGGUCAUGAGAAUAAAGGAAAUGAUCACCAACUAAAGACGCUCUUGAUUGUUGAACAAGUUCUCCUUGUCAGCAAGUUAGGAAACAGCAAGUUAGGAAAGAUAAUGUAGAAUGUGCAUACUGAUAUUAGGGUGUAGAGGGUAAACCCUUUACACAUAACAUCAGUAUCCAUUUUCUCCAUACUCUUCUCCUCACAUUUCCUUUGGUACUGACAAGGAGAAUUUAUUCAAUAAUCAAAGCUUCUUAGGUUUGUGAUCAUUUCCUUUACAUAGAUUGCUGUAUACAGUAAAUUGCCCUAGUAAGGAAAACUGCUGUGUUGUAGUUUUGCUCUGAUGAAGGGCUCGCACUCAAAUCAUCAGCUUUAGAAACUCUUUAGGAUGGCCAGUUUACAUCAUCAAAUCAAUUGAUGAAACCAAAUUAUCUUGUUAUACUCCUACCUAUUCAGCACCACAGUUUCCUUAGAAACUUACCCCCUUUAUUCCUGUGUUGUGUAGAUUGUCAGUUUAGGCAUGAGACACUUGUUUUAACACAGAAAUAUGUUAACAUUGAGUUUGACUUUCUAGUGUGGCUGCUGAACCUAUAGCACGACGAGGUCUUGCCUUUGCAGAUCAAUCUAGUGCUCCUUUUUCUUCAGUGCAAAAGAAGUCUGAUGGUGAAGAAAACAUGUAGGUUGUAGGGGUCUUUUUAACCCUUAAGCUCUAGAUCAAAUUUGUACUAAUUCUCCUUACUGUCAACCAUAAAAUUGUUAUAAUGUUAGUACUGAGAAUUUAGUAUUGAAUCAACCAAAUAUCCCCAAAUUGAAAUUUUUCUUUAUUUCAUCACUAAUCUGGUUGAUGUUGUACUGAUAUUGUAAGGAGAAAUUCUGUCUUGGUCGCUUAAAAGAGUUAUAGGGUUAGUGACAUCCUGUCUUAUUGUUUAUUGCUAUCAUGGAAUAGAUUUAAAAAACACCUUUAUUCAUGAGAAACAUAUUUUGAUUCUGGCUGAAAAAUGCUCCUAAAGCCCAAGUGUUAUACCUUCACUGCAGGGAACAUCUAAUCAAGGACACUAUUUUUAUCCUUGAGGGUAUUCCUUGUAUAAUGGUCCUCCCUGUAUGAUGAAUAAUUAUAUGUUAGGACAUUGGCAAAUAAAAGAACAAGGAAUCUUCACCUGCAUAAAAUUAUUAAGUUAUUAUUUUGAACAAUUUACAUCAGUCCGUGAUAUCUCUUCUAAUGUACUAAACCAGUGGAUAGCGCUGAAGGCGCACUGUGAUUGGCUACACGAACGCUGAAUAUCCUUUGGUAUUCAACGCCGAGCAACAUGCACAGGAUUUACACCUGAAAAUGUUGUAAUCAUUGCAAGAAUAAAUGAGUAAAAAACGUCUUUCUGUGCUAUGUUAUCUCACUGUUUUAGCAAAUGCUAAAACAAUUACUCACCUCGCAAUGAGGUAAUAUCUACCACUAGCCACCUACACUGAGGUGAAUACCGUUGACUUCAUUUUCAACGCGGAUUCUGGUGCUCAUCCUUUAUAUGAUUAUUAGUAUUCGCAUGCAAAUUAAACUCAUUUUCAUUUGAAUGGUUGAGCACCAGACCUCGUUUUAAAAAGAGGUAAAAGGUAAUUCGGAAAUGGCCUGAUGGUAUCACAGUAGGGUGCUCAACUCGUCAAAGUGCGAUUGAUCCAGUAGGGAAAUACUAUUUGGUUGAACAUGAAUGCACAGUCAUGCAAUUAUUCUAUUUUUUAGUGUGGAUGUGGAGCCUAUGACGCAAGGAGGUCUUGCUUUUGCAGAUCAGUCUAGAGCUCCUCUUCCUUCUGUGCAAAAUUCAACCAACCAUGAUCAGACCUCUUCAAAGCCUCCUGGCUCCACCCUGGCAAGUGAUUCACAGUCCAUGUACCGAAAAUCAGCUUUCCAACCAGUCACACCGGAUGUGAACAGGUCUUGUAGCUUCAACAGCUCCAAUCUGGCUGGUCCUUCGCCAACUGUUUUCACUAAACAAGCGUUAAUGGUUGUUGGAGAUAUGUUCUGCGGCCCGCUUGAUUCAGAACGUGACUUAACCCUGGGGCCGCGCCAGGAGAUGGAUAAGACAGAGAAGGACUUUGAAGCAGCAUUCACUGGUGAUGAUACUACCACUGUGGGAUUUUCAAAAGGUCUUGCAGGAAUGGGUAGGCAAAGACUUUCACAGACCACACACAAAUCCAGGGGCCCGUUUCUGUUAAGCCGCAGAAACUUUUCAGGCCCGAUUUGAUAUUUCUAGAUCUAAUACUGCGGCAUACUAAUGCAAGUCUUCACUCAAAGACCAAUCCAUCCUGUGUCUUUUCCUGAUAUCUUUAUUUCUUUGAAUCUCAAGUCUGUAAAAGUCUCGAUCUUGAGUGAAAUUUAGAAAUAUAAAGAAAAAACCUUUUUGAGCCUGUUAAGAAACCGGGUCUUUAGAGAAACAGGCCCCAGCAAAGUGUUAAAGUUGGGAAAGGGUAGUGCCAGGUCCAGGGUGCACUUUGCUCUUUUUAUCAAGAAAACUGAUCAUAUGAUUUAUGACAUUUGCUGGUAGAAUCACAUUAGUCCCCGAAUGACUCUGCGAUGCUAGUGUACAGGGAGGUCCUUAUGAAACUCGACGCCCUUGGGAAUGUAUAUAAUAUUUCAAACUCAACCGCAGCAAAAGCAAAUAUAGAUUACGAACAGUCCCUACUUUUAGGCAAAGUCCGCCGUGCGAGUCAUAAAAUCACUGAAAUUAAAUUGAUGUUCCAGAGUUCUGCGUGGCGCGCUAGCCGAUCAAUUUUCACCGAACUUGUUGCUUCUCGUCUAAAGCAAAUAUGGGAUACAAGAUUUCCUUUUUUCUUUUUCUGGGAAAAGCCAAAUAAUGAUCUCUUGAAGAGGUAAAAGCUCUUGGCCUCUCCAUGAUCAAUUAUUGCCAUACGGAGCAUUUUGGCCGCAACAGAAGACGCAUAUGUUGUUCACAGUGGUCAUUACUAAACUCUUCAGAGAACUAACGUACCUCUUGCAAAUUAUGAAACAAAAACCCUUCAAAGAACCACAAAGUUGCACUGACAAGUUUCUCUUUUUUAACCGUUUUGAAAAAGGAGGAUUUGGAAGUUCUGCUGGUUUCGUGAUUUAUGAUGAGAAUGUGGCUGACAAAAGGAAUGGAGACACAGAUGCCAAAGAAAAGGAAUUUGAAGACAAGGAAAAUAUGUACGUGUUGAAUAUGGUGUUUCCCGAGAUUUAUACACUCCCUAUUUUCGUCCUGAGCUUCUGUCAGUACUUAUCUUUAUAAUGGUUAUUGUAUUUCAUAAAAGCUUUUAAAUGUUGGAAUUACUCUGUAUCCGUUGAAUCACUUUUAAAAUGAGUUGAUACACAAUCACCGUGUUUGGAGGGUCCAGCUGGAAGUGUAGUGUUUGGGACACAAAUUGAUCUAGGUGCAAAUAAAUGGCCUCGUUGGUGUUGGUGAGGCUUCGCACUGAUACUGACCAAAGUGUCAUCUUUUUUUUUCGUUAUUGUACAUUUUGCUAAUUCACAUCAAAUAUGAUUUGUCUCUGACAACUAGUUUUGUUCUGUUUGCUGGACAGGCCACCAAAAGGCAACCGGCAAGAAGCAUGUCGUCGACCCUUAGCUGGUAUUCUUCAGCCAUCCCUGGGUAUUCCAACCUGCUCAGAGGAGGAUGAUGACGAGGAAGAAGCUGAAAUGAAUGAAAAAUUUGAGAGUACAAAUCUCAAGAAUUACCAACCGUUGCAACAGCUGGACAAAACUAGCGAAGUUUUCUUGGCCGAUUUCACCCAUGACCAGACCCUUGCAUCUUCAAGCUUCGCCACUGCGGCACACAUGGCCUCGACUCCAUUCUGUUACACAAAUGGCCCGAUGUCACUUCCAAGCCUUCCUUGCAGCACAAUUCGCCCAGCUAAUGAAAUUCCAGAAUUGAGUGACUUGCCUUCUGACGGAGGUCAAUACCGGUCCUCACAUCCGAACACUGUCCAAGCAAGCAACAGCUUUAUUUCCACGCCCAGCAAAGUUUUGAGCCCAAUAUUUGAAGCCAGCCAGGAGGAUACCAAAUCAACAAACUCAAGCCAUUCGUCCAACGGUUCAUCCAGGCGAUUUUCUUGUUCAGUUGGUGCACAGCAGCACAAUGGGUUAGAACUAAGUAAGAUACAAGAGGAAACAAGCCUCUGCCACGGUGAUGGUGAACAACAGGCUGUCAAUGUUGGUAAUGUUGCGAUAAACCCUUUCGCUGGUGCUGUUGUUGACAAUUUACUCCGCCGGAUUAAUCCUUCGUUAUCAAGCUAUGAAGGAUUCACUGUGUCAAGCAAAGAAGUGCCAAGAAUUGUAUCAAAUGCAUCCGUGAAUUUAGGUGAGUUGUGAAUCUCUUUGCUGGGAGAAAUGCCUAAAAUAAGCCCGCCUUUAGUUUUGAAUUAAACCCAAAAAAUGUCUGAUUGUGGCAUUAAAACUGUAAUGAACGAUACUGCCCAAGUAAAGGUCCUUUUUAAAGAAACACCAAAAAGUGUUGUUUCACUUUGUGAAUUAGAGACUGAAGCUUGAAAUUCUUUGUUUAAAUUGGAGAAACCUCUCAGUAAGUCCUAAUUUUGAAAUAGGGCAAUUUUCAAUUGAGCGUCGAAUGUCAUCCGGGAUUGCAGUGGUUUUGCUUCAUUUGGUACUUUGAUUGGUUUAGAAAACUUGCACAUGUUUUUCAACCAAUCAGAUGCAAAACUAAAACCAAUGCGACUUGGUUACUCGCGUUUUUUCCGCGCUUCAUGCAGUUUUCUUGUUUUUACCUCGAGUUCCCAUUGACUGCUUGGUUUUGGUUUCUACGACGCUCAAUCGAAAGGCGCUCUAUUUACGAACCAGAUUUGAACGUCAUGAUUUACUUCUCUUGUUUACGUUUGUAGGUGGCAAUGAAGUAUUCAAUGUUGAAAAGUCGAUCGGUUCUGGGGCUUUCGCCAAAGUUUUCUUGGCGAAAAAAUUCGGUGACAAUGAUGAUAACGAUUUCGAAACUGACGACGAAAGUUCCGUGGUGUUGAAGGUAGGGUGCCUUUUUCAGGUUGAUCAGAAUGUCAGUUCUGAGAAAAUUUUUUGGUGAUUCCUUUGUCCUUUUGAGGGUGUCUUGUGCCCGUUGCGUGUAUCUACGCGCUUAUUUUAAGCCAACACCCAUGUUAUGUGACCUAAACCGAAAUACAACGAACAAUUCUGGGCGAAGGAAAAUUCCAAGGAACCAAUGAGAACCCACUAGAGAUCAGAAGCAAACGACCUGAAGGGCGGGAAAACGAGGAUGAUGGGUUCUAGUAUUGUACAUAAUUGGUUGAGAAGGGUGGGCGCGAGUUUUCAAGACCAAUCAAAGAGCCUCUGUUGUUUGUCUAUUGCGCAUGACAUUCUGUCCGGCGUCUGUUACAUGUUUAUUCACACUUAACAUUGCACCUAACGCUCAUUCGCAUGAAUUUAGAUCAGAUUCCGUUAGUUUUUUUUCCCUCUAAAACCCCUCAUAAACCUGAGGCAUUUUUCCACGUUUGAUUUUAGGUUUAGAUCCCCUUUUUUUGUUUAGUUCAUGGAACCCCCCAUGGUUAUUUGUGUUAAUAUAUCCUACAGGUACAGGAAAUAUCGAUUGAAUGGGAAUUUUACGUAAGUAAACAGCUUCAAAAGAGAAUGAGGGAGUGUGGAUGCUCUAAAGAGCUGGUAAGUUUAUGGCUCUUCAAUUUUAAGAAUUCCCUCCUAAACCUAGCCUUAAACUAUAUUGAGAACGUUAAGUACAAGCAGUUGACGCCUUGAGUGUUGGUCAAGUGACCUUCGUUAUGAAAAAAAAAAUGGAAAGUUUAGAUUAGAGUUAAAGUUGGUGCUAAAGUGAUUUCUCUAGUACCGGCGGAAAGCCUUAUUGGGGAGAUAAAACGAUUCUUUUUGAUCGAGAACAUUUUUGUCUUAUCUGAAGUGAAUCGCGAAGCUAAAUCUGACUGCUAGCCAAGGUUAGAGCUAUUAAGUACAGUGUUGAGGACAAGGCAAUAACUGUUGCCGAGGAUGAGAAAACCUGUUUUUCAGUCAUUUGAGCUCAAACACAGUGAAAACUUUUCCUCCUAUGCCGUCCUUAAGCUGCCAAGCCCUUAACCCGCCCCAGUCCCCACAACCAGUCCCAGUCUCUCAUACAGACUCGCGAAGACUCCUCGACAUUAACAUCACUUGUGCACUUGUUUUUCCUUCAGCAGGCGAUGUUCAUGGACCCAAUAGCGGCAUUUGUGUAUUCUAAUUCAUCAGUGUUGGUGGAUAAAUACAACCCACUUGGUACCAUUCUGGUAAGUCUUUUUCCGAAGUAAAAUCGGACUAUCGUAUGACCCGUACGGCCCUCCGCGCGCAAUCCCAUAGAAAACCGUUGCGAAAGACGGAGGGCCGGUCACAGAAGUCCAAUUAAGGCUUUGUCUUCAUUAUUGAGUUUUUUUUCGGGUCCAAUCCAUAAUAUUUCUGCGAGGUUGAAAAACCGUCUUGAAACUUUCCUUUCGUCCAGCUUAACCCCUAACUCUGAACUCCUAAAAGUGAUCAGCAUGCAAAAUCUCUUAGCAGUGUCACCCUUGAAUCAAACAUUAAGGUCGCGAGAAUAAAGGAAAUGAUCACCAACUUGCUAGAAGCUCUUAAUUGUCAACAAAUUGGCAUUGUCAGUACCUGAGGAAAUGCAUAGGAAUCAUAUAAACAGUAUGAUUGAUAAAUUGACGAGUUUUGUUCUUUUUUCCUCAGGAUAUGGUGAACAAAUACAAAAUGGAGAAGAAGACCAUGGAGGAAGGCGUCCUGUUUUAUUACACCAUUGCUCUUUUGCGAAUUAUAGAAACCUUGCAUUCUUGUGGCAUCAUUCACGGAGACAUAAAACCAGACAAUUUCCUUGUGUUGGAUAGGUAAUCAAAUUAGUUUAGUUUGUUCGUCUGUUAGACUGACUCAGCCAAAUAGCUCAUAACAGGGCUAUGCAUGUGUCAUAAAAAGAAAAAAAACCUCACAGGAUUUUAACACACCAUCUUCAUUUCUCUCCAUUUUUUAUUUUUCUUAGUGAAGAUACAUUGGACUGCGCAUGCCUAAAAUUGAUCGACUUCGGACGUAGUGUGGACAUGACCCUUUUUCCAGCCGGAACAACUUUCACUACCAACUGUUACACAGAAGAUUUUCAGUGCAUAGAAAUGAAAGAGGGUAGACCUUGGACCACUCAGGUAACGAAAGCUUUGAGGAAGGAUUCAUACUACCUUCCAACAAAGAUCCCUUCAAGUUACCGUAGCUAGAAAAACUACAAUGUCAAAACGAGCUUAGCUUUGCUCGAGCUAGAGCAGUUUUCAGUGGAGUUGAAAACCUAAACCGAAAACCAAUCAAAGCCAAAGUGGACAUCAUUAGCCAAUGAGAACUCAGAGUGAAAACAGGCACACUGCUUAAAGCGCGGGAAAGCGCGAGUGGCCAAAUUUUAGUUUUGAAUCUGAUUGGUUGAGUGGGUGGCGCGAGUUUCUGAACCAGUCACAGUGAAGUUAAGCAAGUCUAAAGCAAUCAUGGAUUACUUUCAACACUCUAAUAAGAGGCUCUGCAAAAGCUAUUAAGAGUAUAGUCACAUUUUCAAAAUUGAAUUUCACUAAGUCUUCACUCCUAGAUAACAGCAAUGUGCGUCUUCAACUUUAGAGGCUCUUUCCUGAGUAAAGGAAAAACGUUUUGUUGAGUAAAACUGCACCGCGCAGCCUUCAGUCCCAUUUAUCAGUAUAUGGUGUCUUAAACUGUAAAUUUUUUUUCCAGAGGAAGGAAAGAAGGUUUUUGUGACGCGAAAUACCUCAUGGUCUUUAUCACGCGAAUAAAUUCAGCAAACGCAGCUAGUUGAUACGCCAGGUCUGGGAGUCGAACCUAGGCCACAGAGAUUGGGUGCAGCUGUUCUCUUCAUUGCACCAUCCCAGCUAUAACGAUCGGGCUGCGGUGACUCCUUGUGCCACUUAAAGGGUUACUGUUAUUCUGUACUAACGCUGGUGUUUCAUUGGUUUGCAGGUUGAUAUGUAUGGGCUUUUGGGCACAAUACACUGUCUCUUAUUUCUUGAUUACAUGAAAGUAAGCCAAGACAAAAUGGGAAGGUGGAAAACCACAAAACCAUUCAAAAGGUAUGCUCACUCUUAUUUUAUCUCUUACAGGCACUCCCUGUCAAAGUUUAGAUUACACGAUCACUCCCUUUCAUUCAAAUGCUCCAGAAGGAGGAAAUUUCUGUCUCCACCAUAAAAAAAAGUAUGUGAUAAAAAUACACACCACGCCUUUUUAGAUUUCAAAGCAGAAGUAACCCAAACGUUCGAAAACUGUCUUUGAAUGUGUUAAAAAUGCUAUUAUGGAUCCGGUAAUACGAACGUACGCAACUCUCUGCAGUUCACUUCACCAUUCGUAAUCUCAAGAUACCUUUUGAUGGUGGCGAUAAAAAUCCAUGGUUUCAGUGGCAUGCUCUCUUUUAAAGAGAGAACUUUAUCAAACUGCGUCUUUUCAAAUUCAGUGGUUUUUUUUUUCUGCACCCGACACUGAUCGAAGUUUUCGCGCCCUUCUCUUAAUUAUCACCUGUCACAUGCUUUCUUGCCCAAAUCAAGUUUGCCUAGUUAGCUCUGCGCCCUCAUCUCGGCUUUUAUUGCUCUUGUCCAUCUAGCUCGCCUUUUAGUUCAUAUCGAGGUGUAAUAUUUCUAAUAAACACCUCCCCUAUUACUCAUUUUCCAGCUCUCUCUACAAUGACCAGUUUUCCCGCUUUUUACCCUUAUUGCUCAUUUUCUUGCGCUUUCCACCAGUUCAGUUUCCACGCCUUUAACCCUUAUUACCGUCUAACGGGGUCUCUUCAAGUGCCACUUUUCCCGCUUUUAUCCUAUCAUUUAAGAACAUUCAUUUCGUAGGGAAUUCUUUUCCUGACGUGUGGCGGCCUCGUCUUUGUUCUGGUUAUGAAUUCUCUCUUUGAAAAAUAUCGCAGGUAUUGGAAUCCAAUUUGGGGAAGGCUCUUCGACUCGCUGUUGAACAUACCAAGCUGUGAGAAGCAACCAUCUCUGAAAGAUUUUCGUGAAGAAUUUGAACAGUUUUACCUUGCGGAUGAAGAAAAUUACUCCAGACACAGACGAAGCCACGAGGUGUUCAUGUUUUAGGCACACCUUCCUCUUGAAAUCCGACUGGCUUCUGAAUGAAAGGAAGAACUGUAUCAUACAGCUUUUUGCUAUGUUCGUAUUAAUAACUAUUGUUAUUGUCAUUAUUAUCAUCAUCAUCAUCGUCAUCAUCAUCAUCAUCAUUAUCAGUGGUAUAAGUAUUAGUAUUAGUAUUAGUACUGAUUUCAUCAUAUUUUUUAAGUUGUAAUUCGUAAAACCUACGAAGGAUUUAUCCUUGCUGUGGACAAGUUAUUCUUUCUGUUGUUUGUUUGUUUGUUUUUUGUAAAUAUUUAGCGGAUGCUUUGAGCAACAGCGAGUCGCGUUUUUCUGAAGCAUCUCAGUGGGCCAGAGUAUUAAAUCCUCGGAUCUGGUUAGCCAAUCGCGCAUAAUUAACUAGUUCAGCUUUCUACUGUGCGGAUCACGGUUCGAAAUAUUUUUCUGCGCCAUUCGCGGCGGAACAGGAAAAAUCAAACCAGUGAAAAAAGAAGUUAUUUACUGGUCUAGGUCAGUCCACGUGGGAAAAUACUGUGCCGAUUUCUUUUAAAAGGACGACCUCGAUCGCACUCAAGACCUUGGGCACAGUUUUUUCCCAUAUGGACCUCCAGCCCGGUUUGAUAACUCGAAGCGUCUCAUGACUGAUUGAUGAUAACAUGAACAGACUCUCGCUUUCUCGAUCACGCCGGUGUCAUUUCUGCUGUCAUUACAGAAUACUAAUCCUUGA